UGAGAAAGGCAACGAGACAGACAGGCAGGCGGCGAGCCGCGAGCGGCUCGGGCAGCAGACUGAGCAGAGCAUCAGUGCCUAGCUAGACACCGGGGUGAGGAGACACGCAUACUCUACCCUCAGCCUUGACACUUGUGCUCCCUCAACUCUUCCUUCAAUCUCUGAAUACUAUGCAAUUUAAUUUUGUUUGUUAGACGUGAUUUAGCAGUCACCCAAAAUGUGAGGUACGGCGCCUUCCGUCGCCCUUUAGUCGUGGACCAAGAAGUGUGUUUAUAAGCGCGUGUGUGAAGUGUGCGGGGCGGCGCGGCGCGACCACCAUGCCGCACAGGGGAGGCCAGGGCGCCCUGCUGGCCCUGCUGCUGCUGCUUCCUGCUGCCGCCGCUCAGCUAGGACUCAACGAGGAGGAUGACCAAAGACUGUUGGGGAGAUCAAGAGCUUUCCUCGAUCAAAGGUUUCAGCGGGCGAGAGCCGAGAGAGAGCGCCGGGUGGAUUGCAGCGUUACUUGCCCACACCGAUCCCGCGAGCCCGUGUGCGGCACCAACGGACGCACCUACAGCAGUCUAUGUGACCUCGACCUCGCCAUCUGCAGGAAGGUGAAGGUGUUGCUCAAGCAUGAGGGAGAGUGUACCCUGGAGGAGAAGUGCAAGGAUGAGAAGCGGGCGCGACAGGAACAGAUAGCCAAAGGGGAGCAUGUGUACGUCCCCAACUGCCUGGAGGACGGCUCUUACGCCCCCCUGCAGUGCCACAACUUCACUCACUACUGCUGGUGCUCCAGUCUGGACGGCAUCCCCAUCCCGGACACCGUCAAGUUUGGCACACUACCGACGUGUCCAGACCGGAUCCGUGAGGCCCCCAGGACGGCGACGCCACCAGCAGGAGAAGAGCGCUGCACGGGGCGGGCGCGGCGGACCUUCAUCACCAGACUCACCAACAACCUGGUGAAGGAGUACCAGCGGGUCAGGAACACCAAGAAAUUAUCGGAGAAGAAGCUGUACCGGCGGGUUCUCAAGUGGAAGUUUUCGGAGCUGAACCUCAACAAUGACGGAAAGCUGCAGCGGCGGGAAUACAGGCGGCUGCGGAGGACGGUACGCAGGUUUAUCAAGCCCAAGAAGUGCGCCAAGAUGUUCCCGCGCAUGUGUGACACCAACGGGGACCGCAGCCUCACCGAGCGGGAGUGGGUCACCUGUUUCAGUCGCCAAGGGGAUAAGAACGUAAAGACGGAUGAACGUUGCCGAGUGCCUCCCUGCAACACCAGACCAACCACCCCUAAACCAUCAGUCCCAUCCUGUGAGUAUGAGAGGAGCAGACACGGGUUGAUAGAGGGGGACCAUGCCAACAAUAUGUCCAUUCCAGUGUACAAGUGUCAGCCCAAUGGGAGAUAUGAGCCCAUGCAGUGCUUCAAAGACAACACAGACGUGAUCUGCAUCUGUGUGGACGAGUGGACCGGCAACAGUUUGGAUGGUACAGGAGUGAGGAAUGGCACCCCAGACUGCUCCCGGCCGAUGCCCCAUGCCCGUCUCUGGCUAGGCUGUACAGGAGAAGUCAAGACAAAGUUCAUGCAAGACCUGAAGAAAUUUCUCUUUAGCAAAGUGGAAGGUGGAGACAGGAACCCCGGUGCUGACUCCUCUACUCAGUCUGUUGAAGAGUUUGCUGCCCGGUACCACUUUGGCAGUCUGGACACUAACAACAGCAGUUUUCUGGAAGGCCAGGAGAAGAAGAUGGUCAAGAGACACUUUAAAUCAAACCCCAAGCUGAAGAGGUGUGGCCGAAAGAUGACCCAUUUACUGUGACGUGAACUAUGACAAGCGGGUGUCCCUGGAGGAGUGGGUGGCAUGUGUCACAGUGCAACAGAAUGAUACUGGUGAGACAGUGACAGGACCUGAUCCACAGAACCCAUUUGAGACCAUCCUCAAGCCUGAAGUGUGAAGAGGAGGAAGAAAGAUGAGGAGACAGAAGAAUAAGGACAAGUCGAAGACAGCAAUACUUGUUUGUGGCAGAGAAGAACCAGAGGAACACAUAUUAAUGGGGAUGGUGGAUGGUUAAGAUGAGUUGAUUCUCCUCAUCAGAAAGAUUAGCCAUCAGCACUCUCAGUCUGACUUUUUAAUGAGUUAAUUUGAUAAAGCAGCAGUGUUAUUGUGUUGCUUUGUGUUCAUACGAAAAUGUUACCUGGAGGAAAGCUGCUCACAUCAUGAGGCUGUCUACCUAAAGCUUUGAGAUGGAAUGCAUAAUGGGAACAAGUGCAGUGAUGAAGAGAGAAAAAAGAAGGAUGAGAGCAGUGUGUUUGUAGAUAAAAAGAAACAAAAAACAAGAAGCUGCUCCAUGUUACAGAGUAUAUAAUUUGUGUGCAAAAAAUGUGGUAGCUUGUGUGUGCCCACAGGAAGCAUAGUGUUGGUCGUGGUAAUGGAAAGCAUGUGAGGGCAAGGAAAGAGUUGUGAAGUGUGUGUCAGUGCAUGAGCUUGUAGACCUAUAUGUGUGUGUGAAUGGUGUGUGACCCAGUAAGCAAUUCAUUAUCACCUCAUAGUCUGCAUCUUACUUUUUUUUAACAUGGAGAAUUAGUUCAAUAUCUGGCAGAUAUUCAUAUAGGAAGCACUCAAGGCAUCCAUCUAAUCACAUGGACACAUCCUCACUCAACCUUUCUUUAAUUUUUGAAAGUAUAACUAUCACAUAUGCCACCUCAUGCAAAAAUGUAAGAAGUUGCCUUCUCUACGAGUUUUUCUUUUAUAUAAUCUUGAAUUACUAUACAAGUUUCUGUAGUAUGGUAAAGACACAGUAAAUACACAAACAUGAUGCAGACAAUUUUCAGCAUUAUUGUUCAUUAUUUGAUGGGCUUCUGGGUGAGAUCUCAUACAGUGUUAUGUACAGCUGCCUACAAGAGAAGUUGGCACAUUGUAGUGGGCCCAUGGAGGACAUCUAUGGUCUCUUCAAUUUUCUGAGUGGAAAACAUUUUGCUAACUUCAUUUUAAUAGUGAAUGGAUUGCAGAGGGUGUAUUUCCUUCAAACUGAGUAAUGGCAGUUUUUAUAGAGGUGGCAGGUCUCUUGUAUACCUUUUGGUAGCUUUCCCAGCUUCCCUUGUGGGGAGCUGUACAUUGAUCUAGAUUAAGUUAAGUAAGGUGUCCUAUAGAUAUUAUAUAUAAUCUGCCAGAUGUUGAGGUGAAGGCUGGAUGAUGGCAGUUACUGUAAAUAUGUUCACUCAGUGAAUAUUAACUCAGAGGAAAGUAUAUGUAUGGUAUGUUACAGAUUAAAAUUUUGAUAGAAUUUGCUUAAGGCACAAAUUUACAGACACAGAAAAUGUCCAGUUUGCUAGAGGUGUGUGUGUGUGUGUGUGUGUGUGUGUGUGUGUGUGUGUGUGUGUGUGUGUGUGUGUGUGUGUGUGUGUGUGUGUGUGUGUGUGUGUGUGUGUGUGUGUGUGUGUG